CUCUGGUGCAGUGGUGGUUGUUUGGGCAUCAGAGUCUGCUGUGUUGUCUCUUUGGAUGCUCAAUGCUGAUGCAGAAGCUCAGACCCACGAAGAUGCUAGCGACAUUGAUUUUGUUUUUGGCAUUGAGCAAUGCUCUUGAAAUUAAUGUUGAAGCGAGAGAGGGGCAGUGUGAAAAUAAGCCAACAUUAGAUCCAAGACCACAUAGUGUGUCCAUUCUUGAGUUUGGUGCUGUGGGGGAUGGGAAAACAUUGAAUACCAUUGCCUUCCAGAAUGCCAUUUUCUAUCUCAAGUCCUUUGCUGACAAGGGUGGCGCUCAGCUAUAUUUGCCACCAGGAAGGUGGCUUACUGGAAGUUUCAAUCUUACCAGCCACCUGACACUCUUCCUUGCAAGUGGGGCUAUCAUUCUUGGAUCACAGGACUUAUCUUAUUGGGAAAUUGUUGAACCACUACCCUCGUAUGGUCGUGGGCUCGAACUUCCUGGAGGCAGGUAUCGGAGCUUAAUUAACGGAAAUAAAUUACGUGAUGUGGUAAUUACAGGUGAUAAUGGAACAAUCGAUGGCCAGGGCUCAGUUUGGUGGGAUUGGUUCAGCUCUCAGUCCUUGAACUACAGCCGCCCUCAUCUUGUCGAACUUAUUGACUGCAAUGGCGUUGUAAUUUCAAAUCUUACUUUUGUGAAUGCCCCUGCCUACAGCAUCCAUCCUGUCUAUUGCAGUAAUGUGCUAGUUCAAAACAUUUCUGUCUAUACUCCGCCUGGAUCGCCUUACACAGUUGGGAUUGCCCCAGAUUCAGCAGACAAAGUAUGCAUAGAGAAUUGCAACAUUAGCAUGAGCUAUGAUGGAAUUUCACUGAAGAGUGGUUGGGAUGAGUACGGCAUUGCCUAUGGCAGACCGACAACAGGUGUGCACAUCAAACAGGUCUACCUUCAAGCAGCUACUGGUUCUGCCCUUGCCUUUGGCAGUGAGAUGUCUGGUGGCAUUUCUGAUGUACUUGUGGAGCACCUCCACAUACACAAUUCAUCUGUUGGCAUAGAGUUCAGAACCACUAGAGGUAGAGGUGGAUAUAUCAAGGAGAUCAUUGUAACAGAUGUUGAGAUGCAAAAUGUCCACACAGCAUUUGGUGCCAAUGGCCAGAGUGGGUCUCAUCCAGAUGAUAACUUCGAUCCCAACGCACUCCCAGUUUUGGAUCGAAUCACCGUGCAGAAUGUUAUUGGGACUAAUAUCACCCUUGCGGGUAGCUUCACUGGUAUUCAAGAAUCUCCCUUCACUUCUAUAUGUCUAUCCAAUAUCUCCUUAUCUGUAACUUCUGGCUCUUCUACCUCAUGGGUUUGCUCCAAUGUCUUGGGAUUCUCUCAGUUCGUCUCCCCAGAACCAUGUCCUGAUCUCGAAUGCUCGUUUUUGAAUUCUUCUUUAGCUUGCUUCAGUCUCCUGAAUUCUUAUGGUCAGGCUGCAGUUUUAUGAUAAAACAUUCCUCCACCAGUACAAUCACAUCUUUUAGCCCCUCCAUGGUCUUCAGAAGCAACUGAAACUAUCAACCAUACACCAUCUCCAAAUUGGGGCAGAUUCUUUGCAAUAAGGCAUGCCCAGAGCAUAUAUCUCUUCACUUUCUUGAUUUCCAUUCCAUUCUAGCGUGUUACCCAUCUGCAGAUUGUGUACAGCCUCAUUUCUUCAUUCAUGUAAGGAAUAUUUAAGCAUUUAUUUCUUGUAGGUUUGGUGCAUUAAUCUCGCAUUGUAAACCUGAGUUGGCUGUGAAACAUGUUAGAUCCAUAUUGUUAUCUAUCAGAAAAAGAAUCAUCAGAUUGGCAUUGAACUGUUAUGAGCUGAUAAAUUUUGGGCUUAUAUACCUUCCUCUUUCUUUUGCCAUUUUUUUUU